UGGGCCAGGCUGCUGCUGCUGCUGCUGCUGCUGGUGGUGCUGGCGAUUUGAGAAAUUGGAUUUGCCGCCAGCCGCCCGCCCUGUCUGUCUUAUCCUCGGCUCUUCCUGACUGCUGCUGCGGUGUGCCGUUUCCCGUUCGUUUAGCGUUUGCGCCGCCGCCGUUCUGAUUUGGACUGGUUUUUUUUUCUUAUCCGUCCGAGUGCAAGGGGAGAAGACGAAAAAAGGCGCCUCUCCAAUGCUGCGGCGGCAGUCACCGUCCGUCCCAUCCCUACCCGCACUAUACCACCUCACAGUCACAGCAGCAGCACCCGAGAGCGGCCGCUGCUCCCUUCAGACGCUUGACGUCCAAGGUUGCUCUCGCUAGCCCCAACCGCCCCUUUUGACAGCUCCCUGGUCGCCCUGAUUGCCCUAGUCCAUCCAACCACCCCACAUUCGCAUUCGCCAGGUCCAGUGUAGCCCAUCAAUACCCGACACUGCCGCCGGCCCGUUUUCCGGCUGGUCUCGGGUUCGGAGCAAGUGGAGAACUUUUUUUUCUCUAGCUUCUCGUUCCUCAUCGCGGUGCCGCUCGCGAGCCCGCCUGGACCGGACGGAGCGCGUGCGUUCCCGCUGCCGACCAGGAGAGCGACGACUUGCACAGCUAGCCUAGUCGAAUAGCGCUGCCCCGAAUUCACCAUGUUGCCGGCGCCGCCUCCCCAGCAGUCGCAGGCGCAGGCGCACAAUGCGCACGCGCACGCGCCGCCCUCGCCCCGGCAACACCCGGCCAAACGGCGCCGCCCGUCCUCGCCGUCCGACACUAAGGAUUCGCCCCCGGCGUCCGCUUCGGCCUCAGUGUCGGCCGCCGGCGGCCCCGUCUCGCCGUCCAGCGAGGGCUUCCGCGCCCAGGACGAGCUGGCGGCCGCCGGCCCAGCCGCGAGCAUGAAGGUGGGACAGAGCAGCAACUUCCGCAACGUGAGCGCCUGCAACCGCUGUCGCCUGCGCAAGAACCGCUGCGACCAGAGGCUGCCCAGCUGUCUCAGCUGCGCAAAGGCCAACACGUCCUGUGUCGGCUACGACCCCAUCACCAAGAAGGAGAUCCCCCGGAGCUACGUCUUCUACCUCGAGACGCGCAUCGAGCAGCUCGAGGCUCUCCUGCAAGCAAACAACAUCCCCGUUCCUGAUGCCAGCGAUCUCAAGCCCUGCUCUCGCGUGUCGGCGAACGGGUCGAGUGCUGGUGGCUCGCCCGGGGACGCUGCCCGUCGGAGCCAGCCUGACGCCUAUGAAGCCGCCGCCGCCGUGUCUACGGGGAUAAGCAACGCCGGCCCCGGCUCGCAGGGCAACGGCGACGGGCCAUCGGGGCUGCAGAGGCUCGUUUCCAAGACGGCCGUCCCCGGGGCGUCUAACCCGCGCUACCUGGGCUCGACCGCUGGCGUUUCGUUCGCGCGCAUCGUCUUUGCAGCCGUGCAAUCGUCCGUCUCGGACCAAAAGUCUAGCUCAGACAAGGGUGGCGUCAAGCCGUAUCGGCCCUCGCCCGCGAGUUCGUCGGGCCAGCAACCCGCAACCUCGAUGAGGGACUCCUUUUUUGGCCUGCACACCAAACCGACCAUCCACCCCGCCACGUUUCCUGACAAGCAGCUGGGCCUUCGGCUGGUCAACCUGUAUUUCCAGCACGCGAACCCCCAGAUACCCGUCCUUCACCGCAACGACUUUAUGGAGAUGUUUGAGAGAGCCUACGAGGAGGGGCGACAGCGCACGCCCAAGGAGCAGUACAUGCUCAACAUGGUCUUUGCCAUCGGCGGUGGCAUAAUACUGGCCGACUCGAAGAAGGCGUCGACCCGGUCGGCCCCUGGCGAAACGGCCGACGGCUCUAAGCAGUCUCAACCCGAGGAGUACCACGCCAGCGCCAUCAUCCACCUCGAGGCUUGUCUCAGCACUAGCGGCGGCGGCCUGGAGGAGCUCCAGGCGGUGCUUUUGCUGGCAAACUUUGCGCUUCUGAGACCGGUUCCUCCGGGCCUGUGGUACAUCAUUGGUGUCGCCAUCCGACUGGCCAUAGAUCUCGGACUUCAUUUCGAAGAUGGCAAGGACCCCCAUGCAGGCCUCGGCGAGGGUGAAGGCGAUGGAGAUGAGCUGGCAGGGCGCGAGCGUGGACGUCGGGAGUACGUGCGGGACCUCAGGCGCAGGCUGUGGUGGUGCACGUACUCGCUAGACAGGCUGGUGAGCAUGUGCGUUGGGCGGCCGUUCGGUAUCUCGGACCAGAUAAUCACGACCGAGUUCCCGUCGCUCCUCGAGGACGAGUUUAUCACGCAGAACGGCUUCGUCGAGCCCCCUCCCGAGCGGAUCGAGCCGAGCUCAAAGCUUGUGGGUGAGCAUUACUUCCGGCUCAGACUGUUGCAGUCUGAGAUCCUGCAAGUGCUGCAGUUCCAGCAGGCCCAGCUGGUGCGAGCUCAGGGGCAGAACCGCGACAAUCCCUACAUGCACACGGAUCUGCCGUCGCCGUUCCUGGUGCGUCACGAAACGUUCCGGUCAUGGCGCAUCGAUAUCGACAGGCGGCUCUACGACUGGAAGCAAUCGGCGCCCAGGCAGGAGCGCACCGGGGUUGACUUCUCGACGGACUUCCUGGACCUCAACUACUGGCAGGCCAUCAUCAUGCUCUACCGGCAGAGUCUCAGCGUCCCGGCCAUGUUUGAGGGCGAAUACCACAUCUCCAAGGAGAUUAACAGCCCCAACGUGUACAGCGGCGAGCUGCGCGAGGACGAGGACCGCGUCUAUCUCAAGGUUGCCGAGGCCGGGCAGAAGAUACUCCGGCUCUACCGCACCCUGCACGUGGCCGGCGUCGUCAACUACACGUACCUCGCCACCCACCACAUGUUCAUGGCCGGGAUAUCGUACCUCUACGCCAUCUGGCACUCGCCCAUUGUGCGGAGUCGACUGACGAUGGAUGAGGUGGACUUCACCAUCCUGGCCGCAAACUCUGUCUUCACCGAUCUGAGCGACAAGUGCCCACCUGCAGAAUCAUGCAAGGAUGCCUUUGAUAGAACUGCGAAGGCGACUAUAAAGAUGGCAGCCUCGACAGGCGGGUUCGGGGCGGCUGCCAUGGCGCCGGCCAGGGGGCAUAGGCAUCACCAUCAGAAUCACAGCUCCAGACACAGCUCAGAGGUUGCAAACAAAGGAUCGGACUGGGCGGCACAGAGCGAGUCGUCGGCGUCAGCAAGAAGCCACCACCAGAUGCCACGCCCCCAGCGCUCAUUGGAACAGGGCGCCUCCUCGAUUGGCUUCCCCGCCAACGCAUCGCCCCCGCUCCAGACGCACGGCAUCCCGCAGUUCCGCCAUCCUGGAGAGGUCAAGACGGACCCAGACCUUAUGCUGAUGCAAUCCAUGGCCGCGCCGCCGCCGCCACCACCACCACCACGCAGCACGGCCAGCGGGUCCGAUGCUGCGGCAUCACCUGACUCGACGGCUGUGACGGACCCAGGGGUACUCCCAUCGCCCGUGUUUGUGCAGCAGCAGCAGCAGCAGCAGCAGCAGCAACCACAACAACAACUGCAGCAGCACGCAUCCGCAUCGCCAUCGGGCUCGGCUGCAGUCCUGGUCAACUCGCCCGGCUCGGCAACGUCACGGACAACCAGGUCUGUGGGUAAUAUGGAGAACUACCAGCAGCAACAGCAGAGGCGGCGGCAUCAGCACCCGCAACAGGCGCCUCAGUCUGCGCCGGCAUUCACACCGGGUGCGCUGAACUUUGCAGAGAUGCAAGGCAUGGACUUCAUGCAGGGACUUGCGGCAGCGGCGCCACAGGACCUCGUCGCCGCAGGUAUACCCGGGAUGACCGGCCCUGAUACGCAGAUGGACCUUGGGUUCGGCCUCGGGUGGGAGGGCAUGCACCACGACUUCAACGACGGCGGCCAGCAGGUGGACCUCUUUGAAGGUUUCUUCUUUGGAGGUCAGCAGGGCGGUUCAGGGGGCGGCAUGUGAGUCAGAUUUCCGAUCAAGGCGAUCAUGCACAACCAGAUUUGAGACAUGAGACAUGGUCACUACUGUUACGGGGGAUUGAUUUACGAAGAUACAUAUCACGACAUACGCCAAAAGCACUUGUUUAUUUCUGGACGACGGUAGGAGGCGGUUGCACACCUUGUUGGAUCUCAUUUUGGCAUCUCAUGCCAACAGCCAGACGGGACUGGAUUGUACGACGAUGCAACGGGGGCAUGGACGGAUACGAUACCACGGCGGUCUCUUCGGAGACGCCACGAGAACACCACUCAGAUUUUACGCUCCACACAGGUGAGCACGCCAGCCCAGUCCAGGUUGGCUGGGCCGGCACUUGGCAAUGCUUUGGCCAUCAACUAGCUAGCCACCUGCUGUUGCGACAGUUUUUUUGAAUAGAAGUUUUCUUCUUCUUGAACCAUG